CUACACCUUCCUCCAAAAUUGAUUCCAACCAGAAUCCUAAAACUCGGUCGCCGACCCACUAUGAUUUUCAACCCGGAAGUGUAGUCUGAACUUUCCGGCCGGCGCAGUGAGAGCAAAAUACCACCCGGAAGUGACGCCGCCUCCUCUGCCGCUGCCAUGAAGCUGAGACUCAGAUCAGCCGUGACCAAAGAAACCAUACGGGUAGACGUCCCUUCUUCUUCCACCCUGCCGGAACUCAAACGCCUGCUUUCUCAGGCACUCCCCGGAUCAUCCGCCGACUCCUCUCAUUUCUCUCCAGAUUAUAUUCGUCUCUCGCUCAACCAUAGAGACGAGCUUCGAUGCUCUUCGCCCGACGAAACGCUCCAGAUGCUAGGUAUUACCUCCGGUGACCUCAUCUUCUUCUCCCUUAAUCCCAAUCCUCGUGAAUCAUUGGAAACCCUAAAUUCUUCCAUUUCAUGCUCUAAUUUACCGGUUGAAUCGUCCACGAAACCUGAUCCCGCGAGCCAGAACGAGAAAUCAUCAGAAUCAAGUUCUGAUUUCUUGAUUGAAUCGACAGAGAAUUCCGAUUCCAUCAACCAGAACCAGAAAAACCUAGAGCCAAGUUCUAUUUUCCAGGUUGAAUCGGCCAAGAAAUCUGAGUACGUGAACACCACAGGGUUGCUCCACCCAGGAGAGGAAGUAGAGGGGGAACUCAUGGAAAUAGAUUGGGAUGUGAAUGAUGAUGAUGACCAGCUUUCAGUCACACCUGGGAAAUCAUUUUCAAUUCCUGGAUUUUUGAGAAAAGUGUUUACAGAGGAGUUGAGUAAUGAUGAUGGUGGUGUUAGAGAUCACAAGCUCUUGAUGAUUGCCGUUCAUGGCGUUCUGCUUGAGUCUGGAUUUGUUGGUUUCGACCCAAUCCUGCUUAAGAAAAUCAUCAGAUUUCAAUCACCAUUCCAAAGAGGAGGUACUGAUCCCUGUUACACACUGCUUGAGAUUGCUGAUAAUGUCACUGUUAAUGACCAGAACAGUAAUAAUAUCAUCCCCACUUUUAAUCUUAAGAUUCAGACACUAGGGAAGUUUGUGAUAGUUUAUGGUUUUCUCUCAUCUGGCACUUCCCUAGUGCACCAUGUUGAACUAAAUGAAGAACACUUAGUUCCACUGUUGAAUGUUGCCUGGUCUAACUGUGGGUUAUCUGAGAAAAUAAUUCCCGAAGAAGAUGGCCUUAUAUGGACUUCGCCUGAGAAAGAAAUUUUCCAGUUCUGGAGGACCGUCAAGGACAGGCUUGCAUUGCCAUUGCUGAUCGACAUCUGUGAGGUUGCUGGUUUUGGACUCCCACCAUGCUUUGUGAGACUCCCCACUGAACUCAAGCUGAAAAUCUUGGAAUUACUGCCCGGAGUUGAUUUGGCAAAGAUGAGCUGUGUCUCAUCUGAGCUGAACUACUUGGUGUCAAACGAUGACCUGUGGAAGCAGAAGUAUUUGUGUGAAUUUGGGAAUCCUUCUGAUGUGAGGAGGAGGUUGGCUGGGAAGUUGGUUGAAUUUGAUUUUGGGAGUUCUGCUGAAGAUGGUGGCUGGAAAAAGAAGUUCAGCUCAGCUUUAAAAAAAUUGAAGAGUAGGAGGAGGACUGUGAUGUUCAGAAGAAGACCUUUUGGGUAUAUGAUUCCUCCCUUUGUAGGUCCUUGGCAACCACGAAUUAUUGGAGAUCAUAAUCCAAUGCUACAGCCUCUACUUGACCAUCCUCAUCAUAUCGAUACCUCCAUUCCCAGGCGGUUGGGUAGUCAUGUGCCUCACUGUGAUCUCAGGUAGUUUUGAAACACAUGGGAUUUGCUUACCUUUUCAGUGCACAUUAUCAUGACAAUCUCCAAUUAUCUUGUCUUUUUUGGUAGGAGUAAGGUCUAUGUAUAACCUUCCUCGCGUGUGGCACCCCUUGUGUUUUGUUCUUGUUCUUGUUCGUAUUAAGAUCUGAUUGUGGCACUCUAAUGCAGUGUUGAAUGCCAUUUGAGCAGUGGUUAAGUUUUGUAUUUUGUGUUAUCAAAUGUUUUGUGUUUCCCUAUAUCCUUCGACUAAUUGUGUUUUUUUGAGCAAUCUUGGACUAAUUG